AUGAUUCUACGAAUAGCGCUCCUAGCUUCAGUGCUAGCAUUCUUCCAAACCCCAGUCGUCGCAGAAGUAGCACCGGAAAUCACAACAGUGGCUGAAGGCUACAACAUCAUCGCCAAGCUGCCAUGCAUCGGGUGCCCGUAUCUAUACCACGACACAUCGCUAGGCCGCGACGUGGGGUGGUCGCAGCGGAAAGAUGAUAACGCUUUGCUGCUCAACCUAUCCCUCCCCUUCGAUUCCACGCACCUCAGUAUAAACACGGCCCCGCUACUAACCCCUUCCAAGAUCCUACCCCGCAUCUACGUCAACCAAGUCCUACAAGACGUGUCCAAAGACGAUAUCAACAAAAUCAUCGUUUCGAAUCAACUUGAUGAGCUGGGUGGGGCGUACUUUGGCGCUUCGUACCAGUACUCGUUGCACCGGGUGAAGGAUUCUCAAGCGCGCGUUUUUCAGUUUAAUGUCAUGCAACUGUGGACGGAUUUGACUACUCCGCCGCUGACUGUGGUGUUGGAUCAGCCCGGCCAGAAGAUGCUGGAAGUGGUGCUGUUACCGCGUCCGUUACUAUCUUCUGGGGAUCCGGCGAAUAGCUACGAAAUUGUUCGCGCGGGGUUAGUCCCGCGGUCUCCAGAGUCCGGAGCGAAAACGUCAAAGGGUUCAGGCAAAGUUUCGAUGUGGUUUCUUGAUUGGGAUGACAAUGGCAAAAAGGGUACAGCCACACAUACUGUCAACUCCGCCUCCUCGUAUUUUGUGCAGUUUCUGUCGUCGGGUAUGUGGGCACUGUUUAUCUUCGUUGUCGCAGUUAUUGCACUGUUUGUGGUGGUGUGUUUGUUUUGUAUCUUUGCGUGUGGGUGGCAUGAUGACGAUUACGAGAAGGCGCAGUAUAGGAAGAGGAAGACGGGUGGGGGGAAAGGGGCAUGGGCGGGUAGGGAUGUGGAGACUGCGAGGAGGUUUAUGAGUCCGGAGGAGUUGGGGUUGAGGGGGAGUGGGAAGGUGGUGGGGGUUGGGAAGAGUGAUUGA